AUGUCGAAGUCGGCGAGAGAGCCUCAAGCGCCGACGCCUCGCACCCGGGACAGCAACACGUUUUCGUGCUCGGAGUCUCUGCACGGGAGCGACAUCAGCAAGGAUGUGCCCAAGCGUCUCACUUUCACCCACGGCAUCCCCCUUUCGAUCCUGCCCGCAGAGCUGCGGCGGGAGGCUGCGGAGCUUGACGUGGAUGGGUCCAACGUGCUGGACAAUCACGAAGUCGCCGCCGCGAUCCGCGCCCUCGUGCGCGAGCGCCGCGGCCGCAAGACGGCGCAGAAGAUCGCCAUCGCGGCGGUGCUGCUGCUGACCCUCACGCUGUCGGCGAUCUUCGGCCUGGUGUGGGCCGUCGUGGAGCUGACGAAGGACGUCGGCGUCGACGGCGGGGUGAUGGUCGACCGCCACUCCGGCGCCCCGCUGCAGACUGCCAACACGGAGAUGCACGCGUCGGCGGGCGGGCAGCUGGUCGACCGCUCCACGGGCAACCCCCUGCGCGUGGCCACGUCCAGCCAGGAGGGCCCGCUCGACAGCGCGCUGCCGGACGAGGCGUUCGCGGAGCUGAAGACGCUCAAGGUCACCAGUCCUUCGGGCGCCACGCUCCACGUCCAGGUGCAGGGCUUCGCCAGGAUCCCCCGGGGGGACUCUGCCUCGGUGAUCCAGCUCAUCACGCCCGUCGGACUCGUCGUCGUGGAGGGCGUGCAGCUGACGUUCGAGACCUCGGUCGCCACCGUCUUCGAGAGCGCGGGCUUCCCGGUCACGGCGGCCGGCGGGCGCCGCCGCCUGCAGUCGGCGUUCGUGUCUGGCCUCUUCAAUUACUUCCUCAACGACGCGCUGAACGGUGCUGGUGCGACCUCCGCCUCCGGCGCCACGGUCAAGGUGCCCGAGGUCAGCCUCCCGUCCAAGUACGAGGCCGAGACGACGGUGUACCACCCGUGCGACAGGCUCGACCUCGAUGGCAACCCGGCGGACGCGUGCAAGAUCUGCACGAGCGUCCCCGCGCAGACCGUGUUCGACGAGGACGGCAACUUCGUCGGCGACGGGUCGAUCACGCUCGCGAACGGCACGGUCCUGCCGCCCGCGAACCCGCCCGCGAUGCAGGAGGUGUGCAACGAGUCCCCCGGGGUCACCGUCAAGAACGGCAAGCGCUGGGUCGCCGUCAAGUCGCACGUCGUCGCCGUCGGCGACCUCGUGCUCUCCGCGCGCACGUACGCCGCCUACCCGAACCAGACCGAGUUCGAGCUCACGAACAACACCGCGGCCCUGGCGUCGACGUGGCAGGUCGUCCCGUCGGCCGGCUACGAGGGCAUCCACUUCCACUGCCACGAGCGCGACGUGCCCUCCACGACGGACCUCGACCGCAUCUACUCGCUGCGCGUCGACGAGGCCACCACGGAGGCCCUCGCCGCGCCCCGCACGGGCACGGGCUUCCGCGUCAAGGCGACCAUGGUGCCGAAGGCCGACGCGUUCGCGGACGGCAAGGUCCCCGAGGGCGUCGAGGAGGUCCGCCUCGACCUGCUCAUCGGCGGCGACGGCACCGUGCUCGAGGUGUACAACACCAUCACCGAGGUUCUCGUCGAGUACUCCUCGAUCACGGAGCUGACCGAGGACCGCGCGGGGGAGGAGCGCGCGAAGCUCGAGGCCCUCGCGGCCGGCGGCUCGUGCGUCAACGCCACCGAGCCGGGGCUGCCCGCCGCGCUGCAGGCGUCGCUCCCGAAGAUCCUGGACGCGUACGCCACGCCGCUCAAGGCGGAGGAGCCGUUUUGGCCCGAGGGGGCGCUGCGCGACGCCCGCGAGGCGCCGAACGCCGGGCGCUCGAUGACGCAGCGGGAGGUGGCGGAGAUCUUCGACCCGCUCGUGCGCGCGCGCCCGGAGUACAGGGAGGGCCUGGAGCGCAGCCGCGGCGCGCGGCGGGCCUUCGAGGAGGCACGCACGCUCCCGGAUAUGGUCGAGGCGUACCGGCGCGUGCUCGAGCUGCACGAGGAGGACGGUAUCGAGCUGGCGCACCCGCACCCCGCCGCACACCCGGCGCUGCGGCGACUGGCCGCGGGCGACCUGGACAGCGCGGUCGCGGACGCUGCGGUGGCUGCCGCCGAGGGCGGCGCCGGGGCCGUGCGGCGCGCGCUGGGGGCCGCGGCGGGCGACGACGAGCUCGCGGAGGGCAUCGCGGCGCUGCACGAGUCGCUUGAGGACCCGGGGACGCGCAGGAUGCUGUCGUGCGUGCUGAGCCAGGUCGACCUGGACUUCGAGGUGUUCUUCGUGAGGUACAAGCUCGAUGACUGUCAGGACUACAACGGCGACGGAAAUCCCGACAUGGUGAUGUGGAUCACCGCGGGCGCGGGGGUGCUCAUUUGCGAGGGCGAGGCGGGCGUGGGCUUCCACCUUGAGUCCGGCCACCACCCGCCCGUCAGAGGCAGCGUCGGCUGCAACCUCGCAAACCUGUUCCCCGCCAACUUGCUGCCGCUCCCGGUCUCGGACUUUGUCGCCAACCUGGGGAAGGCCGAGGUGCACCUCAUGGGCGCGCAGAUGACGGUGCACCAGUCCGCGACCUGGAGGGGGUUGACAUUGGAGAGGGCCUACCUGCGCAACCAGGCCGUCCUGACGAUGACGGCGCUGGCCACCUCCAAGGGUCCGUCUGUGCCGUUUGGCUGCAACUGGGAGUGCCCGUGGUGGAUGUUCGGAGGCUGCUACCCGAAAAGUACCUGCUUCAGACCCGCGUGGGACGCGGGGGUGCAGACCGUGGGAGAGGUCAUCAUCACCGGCGCGUGCCCGUUUUUCCACUCGCAAUAUAUUUUUUGGGGGCAGCCGUACUACUAUCACAUCCACUGGGACGGCCACAUCAAGAUGCCGUCCGGUAUGUACUACCGGAGGACGACGACGAAGUGGAGGGACAAUUUCGGCAGCGGGCUCUGGGGGGGGAAUUUCCGCGAGUCGUGGGUCUCGCUCAACGAUGGCGCGCAGUGGCGCGGCUGGAACAUCCUCGACCUGUCAUUCGGGCAUGUCGCGUGCAACAACCGCGACGACUGGCGCAUGGUGCCACCGUUCACGUGA